CCUGGGCGCACGCGCUCUCGAAGGCUCCACCGCCGCCCUAUAAGAACGCGGACACACCCCACGGUCUGGCAGUAAUUUCGACGCGUUCUAACGACAAGCAAUUGCAGAGAUGUCCGUGGUACCGCUGCUGUGGCGCGAUUGGUGGGACGACUGGGAGCCUCGCACGGGCCGCCUGCUGGACCAGCACUUCGGCCUGGGGCUGUCCAGGGAUGAGCUGCUGUCUGGACUGGGCGUGCGCAGCCCGCUGCUGAGGCCCACAGGCUACCUCAGGCCCUGGCGAUCUCUCGCCAGGCAGGACUCUGGGACAUCAGCCAUUGCCGUCGACAAGGAUCGCUUCCAGGUGAGCCUGGAUGUGCAGCAGUUCGCUCCCAAUGAAAUCACAGUCAAGACGGUGGGCAAUGCAGUCAUCGUCGAGGGCAAGCAUGAGGAGCGACCCGACGAGCACGGCUUUGUCUCCCGGCACUUUGUGCGCCGAUAUCUGCUACCAAAGGACGUCGAGGUUGACGCUGUUGUAUCUAACCUGUCCUCAGACGGCGUCCUCACCGUCACAGCCCCCAAGAAGACGGCUGUGGCAGCGGGCGAGCGUGUGGUGCCUGUGAUCCAGACUGGAGUGCCCGCUGUGAAGAGCGCAGCGCCUGCCUCCCCAGAGCCGACUACAAUUGAAAUCAAGGAGGAGAAGUAGGGCUACACUUAUUAUCUGCCGAUGAACUUCUUUACAAACUUUCUUGCCAUUGCUACCGAUGUAACAAUUGUAUAACAGUGAUCUCUCUCUCUCUCUCUCUCUCUCUCUCUCUCUCUCUCUCUCUCUCUCUCUCUCUCUCUUUUUCGUACAUGUAUUAAAGAAUUUGUAAGUAAAACUAGAAAAUUUUGACUUAAUCAUGCACUUCUUUCCCUGAAUUCGUCAUCAAUGGUGAAAUAAAUAUAGGCCACUGAAGACUGUGAUGUCACAUACAAAUAGACGAAUUUCCUGAAAUAUUUCAAACAUUUGUAGGUUAUGGAUAACUUACAUCUUCAGAUAAUAACAUUGAUGAGGCAAAAAAUUUAAAUCAGUAUUUCCCUUUCAGACAAUUUUUCUAUUUAAAAUAUAUGUUUUGGUUGCCACAUGGCUUACUGUUGCAAUGUUCUUUGUUGAAAAACUUUACAUCUUACUUCAGUUACAACAUUCACCUUACACACAUGUCCCAAUACUUACAUAGCAAAAAUAAGUUCAGCUGA